AAGAAUUCAUACCACCGGAACGGAAUGGAACACACACAUAGAAUGCUGUGUUUGUUAUCAAAACAAAAUUGAAUGGAACGAAAGGUAGAGAGAAAUUUAUUUGGAACACGAUUGGAAAAUACACGUCGAGUGUACUGGAGCACACAAAGGAUAAAAUCUGGAACCGUUUACUCAUUAUUACCAGAAACUGACAACAGACAACUGAAAACGUUUUUACCAAUUACAGCAGAAUAGCCCUAAAUCGAUUGCCGCGAGAGCUAUAAUCGAAAAAGACUAGGGCGCGUGUUCCCUAAAUCUGAACUUCAAAGACCAAGUAUAAAAGUCGUGACCGGAUUUGUUUUAUUUUCUCGUAAAAUCGAAGUUUCUUCGCCAAGUUUUAUAUCUUCAUAACAGCUGUUGAAAUAAGGCCGAGUAUCCCACCAACUUAGCUGACAUUAGAAGACACCAUAUUUAAUUUAACCAUUUUUGUAUAAUAAUUUUAUUGCUCGCCUUGUGAUCUCGAUAUUUAUCCAUAUUUUAUACACCUUCAGUAACAUGCUUCCCAAUUUCGAGUUGCAGACAGAAUUGAGUCGCCCUUUUAUCUUUUUAUCGAGCUGCUCCUGAACUGAAUUCUGAUUAUUGAUCAAAUUAAGACAACUAGUUGAACUUUUAAUGUGUUCUUUGUAUACCGCCAGCACCUUUUGGGGUUACAUUAUCUCUUCCUAUUUUCAAUUGUAGGUUUCCCUUUGCUUCCGUUCUUGAAUUGAAAAAUACUUGUCAUACCUGUGCUAGGUUUCUUUGAUCCUUCAUAGCUAAUUAAUGCGUGAGCAUCUGUGCCGACAUAAUUUUUCGCGCUUCUACAAUUUUUCAAUUGAAAGAUUAAAGUCUCUGUGCUUAUCUUGAACGUGCAUACAAUCAAAUCUUGUCUAUUUUUUUUCAACUCAGCAAGACUGCGCGGCGGCAUAUUGCUCUACAAUAAAAUUUACUCCAAUUCCGCGUAUGUUCUUUUUAAUAUAUCUUUUUCUUGUUGUUUUAUUGCGUUUUUUGUUCUUUUGAAGCAAGGAUCUCUUCUGACGGAGGAUGACUUACUGAAACUUUCUGAUUACAACCAACAGCUAUUCAUUUUAGAGCGACUGUCAGAAAAUAACCAAAAGGGCCUGCCUAAGUCAACUCCUCUGCAUUUAACGAAUGACGAAUUUCGGUCAAAGUUAGCACAAUAUUUCAACUACUCACAUCUUCUUAUCACGCCUGAUUGAACGAAGCCCACACUCUGCCAAACCCAAACUUUGAUCGAUCUUUAUUUGUUUCUCAUACCAACAGCGUACAGCACAUCUACUAAACAGUUGCUCACUACCCGUUUAGCCAUCAGCCGAAUGUUUCCUGAUUUCUAAAUGUGCGUUUCACCUUUAUGCGAUAUAUGACCUGAAACCCAGAUUUAAUUAGUUCAAUUUCAUUCAACACAACACGACAAUGACUCAGAAUUACGUCAACUUAGAUCUUCUUAAGCACUGGGAAUCCAAUAACAGUCCCAACGAAAAAGAUAACCUAACCAUUUCCCCGGAAAAAUCAGGAGGAAAUAAAAGAAUGCCAAUGCCAACGCCUCCACCCGUCCCGCCCCGGACAACGAAAAAUAUAUUCGACUCAAAACAGAUCCGGAAGCAAAGCGGGAAAUGUCCCAGUUUUGGAGGGAUUCCAACCCUCGACGAACAAUCGCUGAGCGACAUUGAAGUAUUCGAUAGCAAUUACGACUGUAACGACAGUUUAGCUUCGAACUAUUAUUCAAUGGAGUCAUAUUACUUUGAUGACGAUGACGACGAGUUUGUUUCGUUUCACGACGACGACGAAGAUGAUGACAAUGACAAAGUGGCAAAUAGCGACAUCGUAAUGAGUCACAGGAGUAGCAGGAGUAGGUCGCAUUCCCGACUGGCGAAAGAAGCACGACUUCAGAAGUCGAUAUCCUACCACAGCCAAGUGGCUAAUUGUAGCCAAAGUACGUGGGAAAACAGUUUUCGGAAGCUGAAAAUAGAGGAGAGUCCAGUGAAUGAGACAGUGAAUAUAAACAACAUAAGUCCCAUCAAAGAAGCUGAUUGUGUGGAAUUCAGGACCAGCUUCGCUGAGAAGACCAACUUCAAACGACAUAGUCUGGGAGCGCAUCUAGCACAGCGAGAAAAAAAUCAACAACAACAACAACAACAACAACAACAACAACAACAACAUCAACAGCAUCAGCAGCAGCAUUUGAUAAAUUCGGAUCAAUGUCGGCUACCCGAGCAACACCAUUACUAUUCCCGAAUGGACUCCUCCGAUUUCAACAGUUCCACUCCCAAAGUAGGGGGACUCCGUUAUGGGGGAUACAGCAGUUGUGGCGAGGAUGACGAGGAUGAUGAUGAUGACGACGAAGAGGACGAUGAGCCCAGAGGGGUGUUCGGAUGUUCGGGCAACAAUGACGACAGUGGGAGGGGCAGCUGCAGAGGAGUGCGGAGGGGAAGGUCAUCGGGUGGGGUGGGGGAUGAGGGGGAGGGGACUAGCUCUUCGUGUAGUGACUCCUUGAGGUCACAGAGGACAAUGUCUUCACUCAACCCGAGCGUUUAUGACCUUGAGACGCAGACUCCUCAGCCUUCCAAAUGCAACUACAGCUCAAUCACAGCCUCAGAAUGGAUGCCAGGAAGCACUAUGUCACACACACCCAGCACCUAUUCCCUGGACACUUCCCAACAACUCCAGGACACCCCCACUCCUACCAGUGGACUGCAACCGAAGUCACUGUUCCAGGAAAGCAACAACUACGGCAACUUUGGAGUCUCAUGCAAGACAGGAUGGCUGGAAGUUAAGCACCUGCUGGCUCUGAAAAAGAGGAAGCUUGACCCAGUGGCCAAGAGGAAGUUCAGACGCUUCUGGUGUUGUCUGAAGGGAACCACUUUGCUGCUCUAUACUGACAUGCACAAUGCUAAUGCAACUCCCAUUAGCACCAUCGCCCUGGAAAACUGUCUGGUGCAGCCUCUGCCGGAACACCCCAGAAGGGAACACAUUAUAGUCGUGAGCACCAGCAUCGGAGACGUGUUCAUGAUCCAGUGCAUAUCAUACGCAGACAUGCAUGCCUGGACCAACACCAUCCAUAAAGUUUGUGGACACGCCAUUGCUCUCAACAAGAAUUCUGAAGACACUGUCAAAUUGCUGAGGCUGGACAUUGAACGCAAAGAAAAGCUUUGCAUGGAGUCCAAGAACCUGACAAACACUGAAAAAUACCAGUGCGAUAUUUUCAGACUCAAGUGCUACAUCGCAUCACUGAGGAACGAGGACUUGCCCAAUCCCAAGACACUUCUAUGCAUGGCAACGAAAGAGACGAAAUCUCAGCUAUCGCGACUGAACUGUUUCUCUGUUUGCGCAGUACAUGCUCUCCUCACAGCUCAGUCGAUUCCUCAGGGCAAGAAUCAGGGAUCCCUGGAACGACCUAAAAGAACUAUGUUCUCACUUCUCCGAGCCAAGGAUUCCGUCUCUGCUAAAGAUGAAAUCGCAAAACGAAACCUGAAACGACGAAACUCACAUGCUGGCAAAGUGGAUAAUGCCACUGUUUCGCUUGAUGAUUCAAUCGUUUGCUCACCUGCUGCCAAGGAUCAACUAGCGGUUUGGGAUCAUCACGAAAAAGGAAAACUGGGACGAAUCAACUUGCCCAGGAACCAAACUAGCGUUAUCCCGGUUCUUCCCCACACGACAGUUCAAGACGUUUUAGACAGAUGUUGCAGAAAGCGAAGUCUGGAUCCCAAGGAUCACUUCAUCAGGGUCAAACAGUUCGACAGAUGGCUCAUUCCUCAGCCCAGAGCUCUGCUAACUAACUACACUUGUGAAGCUAUCGAACUCUGCAUCAAAGAAUACAAAACAGUAGACCUGUCCAAAACGAACCCUAGUGAACCUUACGGCUUCAGUUUUGAAAUGAGAGCCGAUAGUGGAAGUGGACAAUCUAGACUCUUCGUUCUCGAUGUCAUGUCACGUUCAGUUGCGGAGAAUGGCGGAAUCACUCAAGGAGAUGAAAUCAUCGAAAUUGAUAACCUGCCUGUUACAUCAGUUGAUCAGAGCUUGAUUGAUUUCCAUCUCAAGAAGAAAGACAACCUUAGUCUCCUUAUCAGAUCUCUCAGACCAUCCAGGUACUCUAGCUCAACUUGUGAUGUCUGCGGAAAACGAAAGACCUCGUCAAAUGAUCAUUCAGCUUCUUGUGACGCCGGACCUAACUCAAAAUCGGUGUUCCAGAAAUUGUCUAAAAUUUCGGAUGAGCUAUUCCUCACAGAGAAACACUACGUGGAAGACUUGGAUUCCUUUAUCCGUGAUUAUCUCACUCCGAUUGUACGAUCAAAGCUGGUCAACCAUUCUGAGAUCCAUCAACUUUACUCUGCCGCUGUGAACAUUCAAAAGGUCCAGCGAAAUUUCUUCGCCGAACUGAGAUCUGUAUACCCUGAACAUUCGUCUCUAGAAGCAACAUCAACGACCUUAGAAUCCUUAGUUGAAUCUCUGAUUCCCUGUAUGGACGCUCUUAGACGACACGUUGGCAAUUUCAAGAUCUAUGGUUCUUAUUGCGCACUGCACAAUAAAGCUCUUGAGAUCUUUAAAGAGGCCAGCAUGGAUCCCGAAUUUAAACAGCUUCUGGACUCUAGCAACCCUUUGAACGAGCAAGCUCGAAACCUGCAAUCAUUUAUGAUCAAACCGCUUCAGCGAAUUCUGAAAUACAAACUGUUCAUCAGACAAAUUGCCGACAAUUAUCCCGCCGAUUUGGAAGGAUACGCAACAAUUGAGCAAACGUUCGAAAACGUGGACAAACUUGGUUCUCAUAUCAACGAAAUGCAGAGAGUGUUCGAAGACUACUACCCAACAUUCGACCAGAUGCUGUUCGAUUCCCAAAUCGACUCCAGUCUAGUCCAGGCACUGCCCCUGGAACAACUGUUGGCUCAUGGACCAGUGACUUGGGUCAGCAAUUCAAUCGAGGAAAAUUCGGGAAAGAAAGGCAAAAACACACAGAUGAUGAUGUUUGUAUUCCGAGAUGCAAUCGUACUCAUUCCCAACACACGCGACAAGAAACGAAGGAAAAUGAGCCUUGUUGCGCAGUCAAACAAAGACGAUCCUUCAGCCAAACAGAGAUUCCUCCUUCCCACGGGAACAACCACCCGAGUACCGGAUGAAAUGAGCGACGACUCUCAGCAGUUCUCGCUAGACUUCACCGAAUCGGCCGCCGACCUCAGUCAGUCCUCGGUGACUCAUCGCUUCGUACUCUGGUGCAAAGACCCCACUUGCAGACGACAACUAAUCUCGGCUAUUGACGAUUCAUGUGCACCUUCGGCUCAAAUGCGAAAGCGAAACGCCAGGAAGCAGAAUCGAAACCAAUCCGAACCCAGAAAGCCCCAAAGAAUGAGUGAGAACCCUAAGUAUAAUUACCCUCAGACAUCCAAUAACUCCAGUAACCCACAACGACAUGCUUCGAGUCAGAUGACAAGGUCACAGAGCAUUUCGCCUAGUGGAAGAAAUACCCAAGUCGACUCAGGCGUGUUUUCAGACGAAAACGACAACACAAACUCAGUCAAUCUCAGCUAAUUACAGAGAAAAAAACUAAAAAAAUAAAACUUUGCAUCACUUUAAGUUCUGCCUUAUUUGAAUUAUCUUUGACAGAUUUUUCCAAUUAGUCCUCAUGUGAAAUUUUAUUUUAAGCAUAGAAUUAUUUCUUUACCCGAUGAUUUGCAUGUAGUCUUAUUUUCCAUUCUGCUCUUUUCAAAUUCGGCCUCGUUCCUUUUGUGCAAUUUCAUUACUCAAACGACUUGAUAGCACUUUUCGUUUAGAUAAAU